AUGGGCAAGAAACACUCCGAUGCCGUGGCGCACGCCAUCCCUGCGAACCGAAUCGACGAUGCUGCUGAGUAUCUGAACGGGCAUGCCGGUGCAGCAGACGCCCAGGGGGUGGACAUGGGCGCGCUCCGGCGCAAGAUCGACUGCCGCAUUAUCCCGUUCAUGUUCUGCUGCUACGUGCUGCAAUUCCUCGACAAAGUGAUGCUCAACUAUGCGGCCGUGAUGGGAUUAAAGAACGAUCUCAAUCUAGUAGGCAAUGAUUUCUCGAAUACCGCGACAUGGUUCUUUAUUGCGUAUCUGAUCGCCGAGGUUCCGAAUGUAUACUUGCUUCAAAAGAUCCCCGCCGCAAAAUGGCUCGGCAUUAACGUUACUCUCUGGGGCAUCGCGGCAGCAGCCUCCGCCGGCGCCCAUGACUACCGCAGUUUACUAGUAGCUCGGAUCUUCUUGGGGCUGUUUGAAGCUACCAUCGGGCCCUCAUUAAUGCUCCUGAGCAGCCAGUUCUAUACACGCAGCGAACAAGCGCCGCGAUUCACGUUCUGGUACGUCGGACUUGGCGUGGCGCAGAUCCUCGGAGGGAUUAUUUCCUUCGCGUUCCAGCAGGUGCACAACUCGUUCGCUGGGUGGCGGAUUAUGUUCCUUGUUCUGGGACUAAUCACGUCGCUUGUGGGGGGGUUGACGAUGCUUUUCAUUCCUGAUACGCCGAUGAAGGCGCGGUGGUUGAGCGAAGGCGAGAAGGUUGCGCUGUUGCGACAUGUCAGUGUCAAUCAGACGGGGGUGUGGAGCAGUCGGGUGGACGUGAGGCAGAUUUGGGAGGCGGUUUGGGACGUGCAGUUAUGGCUUCUGACGCUAACUACAAUAUGCACAUCCGUGUCCUCGGGCGUGGUCACGACGUACUCCGCAACCCUAAUCAACGGCUUUGGCUUCACGCCGCCGCACUCGGCUCUGCUGAACACGCCUUCGGGAAUCAUAAGUAUCUUCUUCACGCUGGCUGUCGGGAUUGGCAUUCGCAAGACUUCCCACCGCUGGGCCUGGUUCAUCUUCUGCACUAUCCCUGGAAUCGUCGGUGGGGCGCUCAUUGCGUUCUUACCGAAGCAUGAUAAGGCCGGGGUCCUGAUUGGCAUUUACCUCGUCAAUGCUAUCGUCGCGACCCUUCCUAUUCUGUAUCAGUGGACGAUGGCCAAUUGUGCAGGACACACGAAGCGCGCGUUCGCCAGUGCAUUGGUGGCUGGGUCGUUCUCGGUAGGCAAUAUUAUCGGACCGCAGACGUUCCAGGCGAGAGAUGCGCCCGGAUAUCGGCCAGCGAAGAUCGCCGUGUUGGCGACGCAGGCCGCCGCGGGGGCGUUGACGUUUGUGCUGUUCUUGUAUUAUGUGUGGGAGAAUCGUAGAAGGGCACAGGCAGCGGGCGAGGGCGAAGGCGAGGUUAUUGAUGAGACGAAGUGGGCAGGGUUGACCGAUAGGGAGAACCGAUGGUUUCGUUAUGUUUAUUAG